UUCCCGGUUUCCUUCUUGUUGGUGGCAGCUAUGGCAACCGAGUUGCUAGCGUAGCCCGUUACCAAAUGUUUGAAAAUGGGCCGGUUGACUCCUCAAAAGAAGAAGCAUUUUUCGGUUAAAAUGAAUCAAAAAUCUAUGAAAUGCACCGUGCGCGUGAGAAUACAAGCUAUAACAUGUCCUGGAGUGGUUCUGCCCUGCGGGAAGGACGUCUAUCUGAGUGUGUGUGUGAUGGGCCAGUACCGGAAGACAGGCUGUCUGCCUCCCGUAUUCCCCCUUCUCUUCCAUCACAACAUGGAGUUCGUCAAGUCCUACUCUGGAGCAUUACAUCCUAAUGACAUAGCAGACCUACUGGAAGCUGACAUCACAACCUUUGAACUGAUUCAACUCCUCCCCCCAGAGGGUGAGGUCCUGGCCACUGUAGAAGCAAACACAAGAGAGUUCUUGUACCCAGGACCCAGGCAGACGUGGAGAGCAGGUGCUCCUGAGAGAGAGAUUCUGAUGAAGAGAUCCAUCACUUUCCCGGGAAUCUCCCCCAAAGUGGAGUUUACUACCACGUCCGUCAUCCAGGAGUGUGAUGGGAGAGAUAUCAAGCUCGCCUCGCCUCCCUGCUGUCCUGACCCAGCCACGCCCAACCCACCUCCGUCUCCGGGCCAACGGGGUUCCCCUCGCGCAGUGGCUGAUGGGAGCUGUAGUCCCAGCGGGUACCAGCAGCCCACGGUGGCGUCUCGGAGCCGCGCCCUGUCUCCAUACACCCACCGCCGGAUGUGCCAGCUGUCCUGGGACGCUGUUCAGAGGCUGGCUCACCUCCGCCUGGGCCCACACCGCUUCCGGAAGGAGACCGACACGCACACGCCCUUCCUGGUGCCUCGUUCUCUCAGCUCCUCCAUGGUAGAGUCUCCCUCACCUCGUCUCUCCGCGCCCAGACACACACGCAGUCUGCACUCCAGCCUCUCUCCAUGCCACACCACCCAACACACAGACUCCUCCCUCUUGGGCUCCUAUAGGCCAAAGUCUGGAAGGAAGUCCUCCAAACAGGAAGUUCCCAAAACACCCUUGAGAGGAUUCCUGCCUCCGCCAGCCCAGUCCACCCCUGGCUCCGCCCCCGGGAGACCCCAGUCCACCCCUGGCUCCGCCCCCAGGAGACCCCAGUCCACCCCUGGCUCCGCCCCCGGGAGACCCCAGUCCACCCCUGGCUCCGCCCCCAGGAGACCCCAGUCCACCCCUGGCUCCGCCCCCGGGAGACCCCAGUCCACCCCUGGCUCCGCCCCCGGGAGACCCCAGUCCACCCCUGGCUCCGCCCCCAGGAGACCCCAGGCCCUCAGUGGCUCCUCCCUUAGAGAGAGGUUCCAGAACAGUCCGUCCAGCCCCUGGGAGGAGAUCCACAGACGAGUCCAGAACAUUCUGCGGACGCACCAGUCACACAGGAAGCUCAGCUUUGACGAUGAUGAGGAGGACGCACACAGCUCCACAGCUCCCCCAGGAGAGAUGUCGGGGCCCCUGGAUGAUGGACCCUCCUGGAGGAGCCAGGGGACCCACGGCAGAGGCACCCCCCCCAGAGCCGUGUUUGAGCAGAGCCUGGGGAACAUCUACCACGACAUGUACCAGCAGGCCUCCAGCUCCACAUGAGGGAGAGAGAGAUGAUUGGGGGAAGUAUUUACGGUGCACCUGGGGUGGAUGGGAACACCCUACUGAAGGACUACUAACCAGCCUGGCCUUGUACUGAAGGACUGCUAACCAGCCUGGCCUUGUAAUGAAGGAGCCAGGAGUGACACGGUUAUUUGUUUUGCUGGAUGUGAAUGAAUGGGGGGGAAAAGGCAUUCAAGAAACAUAAGCAUGAAGACUUAACUAUUAUUGUUAAUUGAAUUGAAUUUUUCAAUUGAAUGUAUUAAUGAAAGUUCACUAAUCAGCCUUCACAUUUGUAUUUUUGUACCAGUGAUAAUAUUUUCUCUCUCAAUCAUUAAACACAAUUCUACCAGAUUCUACUUUUUUUCUUUU